GCCACGGUUUUAUGUUGGUAAUUGUGUGUCUCACUGUAACACAAUAUUACUGACCAUGAACAAGAUGAAGAAGUUGCCUGAUCGGAUCCUGAAUCACAUCCUAGAGAUUCUCUACCUGCUGACAGGAGAGCGUGUGACUAACUCACUGACAGCGAGUCACAUGACCGGGGACAAGAUGACAACAGAGAAGAUAGUGACCCACACCCUGCAGAUUCUGUACCUGCUGACAGGGGAGGCGCCUAUAAAGUGUGAUGAUGUUGCUGUGUAUUUCUCUAUGGAGGAAUGGGCAUAUAUAGAGGGACACAAGGAGCUUUACAAGGACGUCAUGAUGGAGACUCACCAAGCACCAAGGACUAUGGAGAUCCCAAGAAACGAGAGCUCAGUAUUAACAGGUAACAGGGAUGAAAAUCUUGACACAGGAUCACAAGGAGAACUUGUACAGAAUAUUAAGCCAGUGGAGACCCCAUCAGACGUUGCUGCAGUAUUAACAGAUCACAGUGCUGAAAAUCUAGACACAGGAUCACAAGGAGAACUUGUACAGAAUAUUCUGCCAGUGGAGACCACAUCAGACGUCGCUGCAGAUGGAUGCAGAUGGCGUACCCCCAGCAAUGAAAACAUUUAUUGAGAAGGCCCUGACUGCACUACCACCUUUAAAUAAACGGAAAAAGGUGAAUUCACAAACUGCAGUAAUCCUAGUCCUGGUCAGACUGCAAAUGCUUCUUUCAGUCUUUUCAAAAAUCAAAGAAGCCGCGUGGAAAAUAUAUGUUUUGAAUGUGGGAAGUGU